UCGACAGAGCGGUUGCUAAAAAGGCGUGAUUCUAUUUCUUAUGUACCUGAGGCUGACAUAUACUUAAUAACUCAGUAUCUAUAGUCAAAAAGAAAGCGGUUUAGAAAUGGAUCUGUUAAAUAUCAUCAUCGUUUCAAUUGGAGUGUUGGGAACAGCGAGUAACGGUGCUUUACUACUUAUCUUUUUAAUCAACCCGCUAAAAACAUUUAACUCCACUUCAACUUAUUUCAUCAAAAGCCUGACAGUUGCAGACUUUGUGACCUGCUUGAUGACAAUCAUAUGGGGAUUUGAAAGUGCACCAUCUGAAGGUUUUCUGCGCACAUACUAUUUUAUCUUUUGGAUGUCCAUUCAAAUAUCUUUUUAUCUCAUAUUUUUUAUGUCGGUAGAAAGGUAUAUCGCUGUUCAUUAUCCUUUGAAGAAGCAACUAAUCGUAACAAAACCAAGAACGUUGGCUUGCAUUUUCAUUGUAUGUUCUUUCGCAGCGAUUUUAGCAGGCAUCUCAGAAAUCAAGACAAUUCGGAACUAUGUACGUUUCAGCGUAUUCUCUCUGUUUGAUGUCAUUGUCAUUUGUAUCUUCAUCGUGUACAUAAGAAUUAUUUUGAGCCUGAGAAAGAUAUCCAGAGAAACAAGAAGCAAUCUUUCUAUCAGCACACGAGGUUUAAGGCUGGAGAGGAUAAGGGACGAGCGACAAUUAUUAAUUGUUGUAUUUGUUAUGUUGACCAUAUUGGCUGUAACUGUCCUUCCUUACACAUUUGCUUCGCAACUUCUUCUGGUCGAUCGUUUGUUUUUCAAAGGCUGGUCAAUCGACAAAAAAGUGUUAGUAAAAUUUCUCAAAUAUUUUUUUCCCGUCGAAGUUGUCAAUUUUGCCGUCAAUCCAAUAAUUUAUGCAAUAAGGUUACCAAAUUAUCGGAGAUCUUUGCUAGCAUUGGUUUGCUCAUCUAGACGUGAAACAAAUCAAGAGACAACACAACCGUAAUCCUGUCAGCAUACUGGUAUUAGUGGUAUAUAUACAUAAAAGUAGUCGCUGACAAAUAAUUUCUAGAACGAUGAAAAUUGAAAUCUUAAUUACUGUCUUAGAAUGUAAGCGUAAAAUCUAGUACCAAGGCUUUUACUUUAAAUAUAAUAGGUUCCUUUGUGAAGUGCAAAAACCAGAAAAUGACCUCAAGGUAAAUAACAUCAGUGAUUGCUGUGUCGGGAAAAUUGUGGUAUACGGUAAUUGCAACUUUGGAGUUGAGACUUUGGAGUUGAGAGUUGACGAAAUUUGCAUAUCUCAUUAUCUCCCUAUAUUUUCCCUAUGCUAUAUAAUAUAUAUAGCUCACGAUAUUUCGAGUAUAGACCUUCAGGCUUUGCAACUCUUUGGAAGAGUUUCUGUUCAAAACGUCAAAGUUCUCAUUAUAUUAUUGAGUAUGCUCUCUGUGUCUGAGAGAUACUUUUGGGGAGAUUGCCGUUGUUGCUUUAAUCAGUUUAAUCAUAUAUAGAUAUGACUUGAUAGAAAAUAACUAAAUUUCCACCAAAACCUAGCAACGAUGCUCGUGAUUGCAUGCUAAUUUUUCAAUAUGAUAAUUGCUGUAAAGUGAACGUCAUAAUGAAUUGAGAAAAUCAAAUUUGCAAUGUCAACGGCGAAUAUGUAAUAAAGUUUAUGUGCAACAGAAAGAAAUUAUUUGCACACUUAAU